UGCAGACUCUGUAAUAUAGCGCUAGCUGGCCCGAACGAUUGGCGACAGCACGCAAAGAGCGAUUCGCAUGUCUACAAUCUUCGAGUGCGAAUAGCAGAACCUGGCACAAUCGUGCCACUAGCAUCUUCGCCAUCAAGUCCAAACAGAGCUGUAGAUGCAGUAGGCAAGGAAUAUUCGGAUGAUGAAAUCGACGAUCUCGACACAGAUAUUUCUGCAAAGCCGGAAUUCAAACCCGAACAAUGUCUCUUCUGCGGCACAGAGAGCGAUACAUUUAAUGAUAACCUCGCGCAUAUGUCAAGGGAACACAGUUUCACCAUACCCCGUGAGGGCGAUUUGAUAGUCGAGUCUGAUACGCUUAUCGGAUACUUGCACUUGAUUAUAUACGGAUAUGGCGAGUGCAUUCUGUGCACUGUGCGCCGUAGCACUGUUGAGGGGAUUCAGCACCACAUGACAGCCAAAGGGCAUUGCCGGUUCAACAUUGCUUCAGAUAUUGCAGAAUUCUAUAAUAUUGCCACACCAGAAUACUACGUCAACGACGAAGUACUGCGACUACCAUCAGGCAAGCUUCUCAAUCACCGUUCAAGAGCGUCUCGAUCAUCCACUCCAAGAGCAGCUGGCCAGUUAGUGGAGCGACGCGUAGAGCCUGUAGUGACACCAACACAAGCAUCAGAGAUUGUUCCAAUGCAAGAUAAUAAUAAUACGGCAUCCUCGCACACCCAAAUGUUACGACUUACGCGGGGGGACCAGCAAAGUCUUGCUCAUCUACCCGACCACGAAGUCCGGUCAUUGCUCGCAACUAGUGCUAGAGAUAUUGACCAAUUGAGGCGGGAAGAAAAACAUGCACAGCUCAAGCUUGAUACUGCGGGAAAUAUCACA